AUGGCCCCGACAGCCCCAGCUUGGCCGCCUUCCUCCGAGAGCUGCCCGACCUCUCGGACCUAUGUGGCAGAGGGCAGCUGCCCCAAGGAGCAGACAGCGGUGGCGGGGCUGGGGGGCAGCGAGGACACCGGCCCCGAUGACCCUGGCUUGGCUGCCUUCCUCAGUGAGCUCCCCGACCUCUCCGACCUGGCCAGCUCCGCCUUCCUCAAUGAGCUCCCGGACCUCUCCAUGUACAUGGUGGAUGGCAACGGCCCCUGGGACCAAGCGGUGGUGGCACAGCCAGGGGACAGCACGGACAACCGCUUGACCACCGAUGUCCCCCGCUUGACUGUCGAGGUCCUUGAUGAGCUUCCCCACCUCUCCGAGUAUGUGGGAGGGGGCAGCUGCCCCAAGGAGCGAGCGGUGGUGGCGGGGCUGGGGGAUGGUGAGGACACUGUCCCCAAUGUCCCCAACCUGACCACCUCCCUCAACGAGCUCCCCCACCUCUCGGAGCACAGGGCAGAGGGCGGCUGCAAGGAGCAGGCGGCGACAGUGGAGAUGGUGGCCGGCGAGAACACCUUCCCCGAUGUCCCCCACAGGCCUCGCCAGCACCGCCUCCGUCGGCGAAGUCCCCGACUUCUUGGAGGAUGGGGUGCAGGACAACGGCCCCAAG